UCUAGGUGUUGGACCCACACCUGCCACCCAGGGCGGAGUCUUGUGACAAACCAGUUUCAUGUUUUUAGGACUGCUCUGACGUUCACAAGAGGGAGGGAGGGAGGGGGGAGGGGGGGGGGCAGAGAGAGAAGGUAGGGUGUGCGUGUGUGUGUGAGAGAGAGAGAGGCAGUAGGACAGGUGAGAGCCCAGAAGGCCACAGGAGGGUGAAGGAGACAGCUGAGCACUCUUAUACCCAACACAAACAACGCAACACAAAGCAGAGGGAUCUUGACUCAAGCAGGCGUUCAGGAUGUUUAAGAAGAAGGAUACUGUCAAAAGCCCUGGCAAGGGCGAUGGAACGCUCAAAGGCUCCAGCAAGUCCAAACAGCAGUUCAGCAACUUGGCCUUGGUGAUCGCGCGCAUGCAGAAGAAUGCUGACCAGGUGGAGAAAGACGUGCUGCGGGCCGAGGAGCUCAUGGUCCUGGAUAAUGAAAAUAAAAACAAAGAGCUGCCAUUCCAGCAUCAGGAGGUGGUGGCGGACUGUUUGGGGCAGGCUGAGGGUCUCCUGAAGGACCUCUUUCUGGACGUGGACAGAUCCAAGAAGAUGGGUCACCCACAGGCAGGCGAAAUCGAGAAUGAUGUCAGCCACCUGCAUGAGCGCUGGCUGAAGGACUGUGCCAUCCAUCGGGACGUGUACGACCCCGUAGAUGAUGUGGAACUAGUCCCCAGAAUUCACUGGGCUCAAGUGCUCAAUGAGAAACAGAGGCAGGUAAACACCGAGGAGUUUGGACCUACUUUGGCUGAUGUGGAGAAACAGACUGCCGCCCAUAACAUCCUACAUAAAGAGAUUGAGGCCUACAACUCUCAGAUGAGCCCUGGGACCACCAGCUCCAAGGAGGAGUACGCUGAUAUCAAGAAGCAGUACACCAAUCUUUUAGACAACUCAAAAUGGCGGCGGCAUUACCUCAGCAGUCUGUAUGACUACAUGCACGGCUGCAAGAAGGAGCUGAAGUACCUGGGCGACGAGGAGAAUAAGAUUCUCAAGCAGGACUGGAGUGACCACAUGGUGAACCCACCUGACGUCCGCAGGGAGUAUGAGAACUUCAAGAACAACAGCCUGCUCUCCCACGAGGCUGAGGUGAACCGGCUGCAGGACGACGGGGAUCGGCUCGUCGAGCUGAAGCAUCCUGCCAGUGCCGUAGUGGAGGCCCAGAGAGAGGAACUGCGGAACACCUGGCAAAAAUUCCUCAACCUGUGCAUCUGCCAAGAGGUGCAUCUGGAGAAUGUGGAGGAACACAAAAAGUACCAACUUGAUGCAGAUAUCUUGUCAGAGUCUCUUACCAAACUUCGCUCCACUCUGGACCCCAAAGUCCUCAGUGGCAUGACCAACCCUGAAAUCCUUCUCCAACUUCAGGCAGAGGAAGGGAUACUGCAGAGGAGCGAACAGCAGCUGGCCGACCUCAGGAAGAGGAGCACGACCAUCGCCCCCCUCAAACUCCGCCGUGCCACUCCCAGCCGAUCCAAGGCCAUAGAGGCACUGUGUGACUGGAGCACGCCAAGUCCUGACUCGCUGAACCGCGGGGAAAUCUUCACUCUGAAGGCCAACUCUGACAAUGAGAACUGGGAGGUGCUGUCCAGUGAUGGUGUCACCAAAGCCUUCCCAGGAGUCUGCUUCCUGGUCCCCCCACCAGACCCUGACGCCAUCGACAAAGUAGAUUUGCUUGGGCGUGAGCUUGCCGAUUUGAAAAAGAAGAGAGCAGCACUGCAAUCCUCCCUGAAGAACCAUGCCACCGAGGCAUCAAAGUCUCAGCAAGCUGCGCCUGUGGCAGCAGCCCCAGAGAACCCCAAAGCCCUGGAGCUGGCCGGUCGUCUCGGCAACCUGGAAAAAGACUUGGCCCAAACGGAGCAGGGCAUCCUGAGCCGUCUCAGAGCCCCGCUGGACCGUAGUGACCCCGCUAAGGACCUCGCCGGCAGGAUGAAGGAACAGGAGAAAGCUGCCGAAGCAUUAAAGGCUUUGGAGCAACAGAAGGCGGCUGCUCAGAUCGAGAUAGAGCCCCUCCUGGACCAAAAAGCCAAUGGGCCAACUUUGUCUUCGCUGCCAGAGAAACUGAGCUUGGCCAAAAACAGACAAGACAGUCUUGCGGCCCUUGCUGACUUGUACACAAAAAAGGCUAACGCCUCUCUGAAGUUGGAGAACCAGAUCAAGAAAGUGGAUGGCGUAGUGUCUGGGCUAGAGAAGAAGCUGAGUGAGGAUGGACCCAUUCCAGAUGCACCCAAUGCUAUUCAGACACAGUUGCAGGAGGUCCAGAGCCUAAAGAAAGAGGCGGCUAAUGCCCAGCCUGAGACUCAGAAGCUGAGUGAGGACCUGGAGGCCACGGAGAAGCUGUGCAGCUCCCUCCAGCAGGGCUACCAGGAGUACUGCCCAGACAUCGGGCGGCAGAGGUCAGAGGUGAGCGGCCUCCAAAGCCGCAACGCUCGUCUGGCCAACCAGCUUGAAGAGAGGGAGAAACUUUUGCAAAGUGCCGCCAUCAAAAAUCAAGACUUCAACAAUGUGAGUCAAUCACUCGACUCCUUCCUGAACAACCUGCCUAGUAACAAUGUCAGCCCCAGCGAUGACCUGGCAGAAGUCAACGCAAAGCAGAUUUCUCAGGAGAGGGUGGUGGAGGACAUCAAGCGUAAAGGGGAUGACAUUGACAGAGUUAUGGACCUGUCUUCUGAGCUGCAGGAUCUCCUCAAUGACUAUGAGACUAACUGUGACACGUACAAUGGAACACUGGAGGAUGCUGGACCCACCGAUGCCAAAAGGCCGAACACUUCAUCCCUUGUGGACACCGUGCAGAAACAGGAAAAAGCUUUGGUGAACCAUUAUGCUGUAACUGCUGCAGAGAAUGACCAACUGCUGAACAAGCUUGGUUUGGCCAAGAACAUCAUGGCACAGAAUGAAGAAAAGGUAACCAUGGUAGCACAGCAGCAGCAAGCGCAGCUGCAGAGCCAACAGAGAUCUCUAGACGAGACAGACAGUCUGCAGAAAGAGCUGGACGGGGAGGUGUCCAGACGCAGCCAUGCUGAGACUGACCUUAAGACCUAUAAGGACAGGCUGUUGUCCUUGAAGAGCCGCAGAGGCGUUCAGCGUAUUGAGGAGAAGGAGGUGCUGCAGUACUACCGUGACCCCAAAAUGGAGGCCGACCUGGAAGACCUACAGAACAAAGCUCAUGAGGAAGCCCUCAAGCGCACAGGCAUCCAGAGUGAGAUCGAGGUCGCCGGCACAAAAAUCUCAAAAAUGGAGAAGGAAAUUAAGAACGUAGAGCCCAAGUUGGUUACCAGAGAAGUGACAAAAUUUGAGAGAGAUCCCCAACUUGAUGUCGAAGCAGCCAAAGUAAACGAUCAGAUACAAAAGCUGAAGGAACAAAUCGGUACAAAUGAUAAAGAGGCAGCUCAUCUGCAAACAGAGGUUACUAUUUUGGAGCAGAAGAAGCCAAACAUCAAACAGAAGGUGGUGCAGAGGGAAGUGGUGAGAGUGGAGAAGGACCCAGAGAUGCUGAAGGCCGUCCGAACAUUUGAGACGGAGAUAGCCGAUGAAGGUGAAAAGAGCAGAUCCAUCAACAGUGAGAUCUUUCAAACGAGAAGUCAGAUCAAUACACUGGAGAGACUGAUUCCAACCUUAGAGCCUAAGAUCGUUAUCAAAGAGGUGAAGACAGUCGAACAGGAUCCCGAGGCCCUGAAGGAGUCGGAAAAGCUCAAGCUACUUUUGGAUGAGGAGAAAAAAGAAUGCGGUAGUCUCCAAAAAGAACUCUCUGAGCUACAAACACACAUGAGCCAGGUGAAAGAGUUAAAACCAAAAAUGGAGGUCAAAGAGAUCAUUAAUGAGAUCUAUAGGGUCUCACCACAGACUGAGGAGGAAAUGACACGUCUGAAGAAGGAGCGGCAGGACGCCGUGAAACGAAACUCGGAUCUUGAGUAUGACAUCAGACGAGUGAAGUCAGACCUGGAAGAUCUGAGAGCACAGCCUCCUCAGGUUGAGUGGAAAGAGGUUACCCAAGAAGUCGUGAAAGAGGAACGGACCCCAGAGGAUGUCAAGCAGAUUCAAAAGCUCACAGAACAGCUAUCCCUUCAACAAAAUACAUAUGAUGGUGCUCAAGACCAGCUAAAGCGUCUAACUAAAGAGAGAGAUGACAUCAAAGCAGAGAAGUCAAAGGUGGAGAUGAAACUUGUGAAUAAAGAAGUGAUCAACUACGUUGACGACCCACUCCUGGAGAAAGAGGCGGACCGGCUGCGGAGGGACUAUCGCGAGGAGCAGCAGAAGCGUCGCACCACCGAAGAAAUGGUCUUCGACCUCCAGAACAAGUACAUCCAGCUGGAACGACAGAAACCGGAGGAGAAGGUAGUGGUUCAGGAGGUGGUGCGCCUCCAGAAGGAUCCAAGGCAGAUGCUGGACCACGAGAGACUUGGCAAGAGCUUGGAUGAUGAAGUCAAGUCUCGCAGGCAGCUGGACCAAGAGGUACAGCAGCUCAGAGCAAGAGUGGAGGAGAAGGAGAGGAACAUUCAGCAGAGUGACGAACAUAAGAAGAAAAUCCAGGCGGAUGCAGAGCUCAGAGAAGUCAGGACACGCAUUCAUGACCUGGAGAGCGCCCCUCCACCUGUUGAGGAGAGCAUCGUGAUGGAGGAGGUUCUUAAGGUGGAGAGGGAUCCAAAGCUGGAGAAAAUGUCCAACGGACUCCGCACAGACAUGGACCGAGAGAACAAUGAGAUUGUACGCCUUCAAAGAGAAAUGAGACACCUCAAUGCCAGGCUUGAUGUCCUGAAGCGGGAGAAGUCUGCUGAGAAGACGGUCUACAAAGAGGUGAUCCGUGUAGAGAAAGACCAAGCGGUAGAGGCUCAGAGGUCCCAUCUGAGGGAGCAGGUGACACAGCAGACUAACGCCCGACGAGACUUGGAGGAUGAGAUUAGGAAGCUGACUGAUAAAUUGGAUCGCCUAAGAAAUCGAAGCACUAGCACUUCACAGGAGGAGACGAAUCUUAUCCGCAACACGGAUACUCUACAGAAAGAGAAGGAGAGACUCCAGCGUGACCUGAAAAACCUGGAAUCGGAGAAACAAGACAUCGGCGUCUCAUUCCAGCAGCAGUCUCGACUGAUGAGUGAGAGAAACCAAACGACCAGGCAAAAGAGCAUCAGGAUGGAGACGGACAUUCAACAUCUGGAAAGGGACAUCUUGGAUGAAAAAGACAAGAUUCACAAGCGUGAAAACACAGUCAGGGAACUUCAGAACAGUUUGAAGAAAGAAGAUCACGUAGAGUCUAGAACCAAAGAGACCAACCUCUCCACCAAAAUCACCAUCCUGGACCCUGACACAGGGAAGGACAUGUCGCCAUAUGACGCUUACCUAAGAGGUGUGAUUGAUCGUAAACAGUACCUGCAGCUGCAGGAGUUGGAAUGUGACUGGGAGCAGGUCACCACCGCGGGGCCAGAUGGCGAGACUUCUAUGCUGCAGGACCGCAAGAGUGGCAAACAGUACCCCAUCAAAGAUGCUUUAAAGGAUGGGAGAGUUACCCAAGAACAGCUGGACCAAUACAAGGAUGGUAAAAUGCCCAUCCCAGAGUUUGCUCUUCUUGUUGCAGGAGAAACCGAAAAACCUCAGCCCAUCAAAUCAACCGCAAGCAGGCACUCCUUAUCCAUGCUGAAUGACUCCGUCAUUGAAGGAGACUUCCCAAUAAGUGGCAUUUAUGACACCCACACUGAAUCAUGUCUCUCAAUACGCACUGCCAUGAAGUAUAAGAUGAUCGACACCUCCACGGCUCAGAAGCUGCUGGAGGCGCAGGCUGCUACGGGGGGUAUUGUGGACAUCACUAACAGGGAAAGGUACUCCGUGCACAAGGCAGCAGAGCUGGGCCUCAUAGAAGCAAGCCAGCUGCAGCGGUUGCUCAAUGCUCAGAAGGCCUACACAGGAGUCGAGGACCCCAUCACCAGGGAACGUCUCUCGAUUGGGGAGGCUGUCCAGAAGGGGUGGAUGCCCAAAGACACUGCCAUGCGAUACUUGGAGGCACAGUUCCUGACGGGGGGACUGGUGAACCCCAACCGAACGGGACGCAUCGACGUCGGAGAGGCCACAACGGCUAGAAUGAUCGAUAGCACCAUGCUGAGGGAGCUUCAGGAAGAGGGCAACCACGCUAAAGAGCUGACAGACCCCAUCACCAAGGAGAAGCUUAACUAUAAGCAGGCCAUGAAACGCAGCAAGAUAGACCCAUCAUCAGGUCUCCUGAUGUUACCGGCCUCCUCUAAAAAUUCCUCCCCUACUUCCUCAUUCCCCUCUUACUACACCCAUCGGUCUUCUUCACGUACCUGAGAUGUGUUUACAGUCAGAUUGGAGAGUACCCACACCCCUGUGCUCGCUCAGUUGUAAAUGUUACAAAUGAACAUGUUAAUAUAAAAAUAAAAUAAUAAUGUCUAUAAAUAUCUCAGGAAAAGUGGGGAAUAUUAUUCUGCUCACUUAAGGGGGUCACCACUAUUGCUGCUCAGAUGCUUGUUUACUCAUGAAGGAGAAGGUUAUUCUAGCUGAUUGUUAUCCUUAACACGUUUGCCUGAUUUGGGAUGAUGGGUCAUGGUUCAAUCAUGGUUUGAAUGUCAAUACUUUCAUAUACAAUUUAAAGGCUUUCUCUGAUAUGCUGUUAUUACUUUGUUUGAUAUUGUAUGAAAAAUAAAUGUAUUAAUUAAAAAGUCAACUCUAUGGCCUUUGUUUGUCUAAUCAUUUAAUACCAGUACACACUUCACAUAACAUUAAACAUUAAUCAUUAAAUACCAGUACACACUUCACAUAACAUAUAGAGAGCAAAUGACAA